ACAAAAACAAACAAACAAACCCCCCACCUCGACCGACACAGCACCGCCAGCAGGCCGGUCGAUCGACAUCUUCACCAUGGCGGCCACGGUGAAGCAGCACGUCCAGCUGGCGCUUUCGCUCCCACCGCGGUUGCGCACCUUCUUGGCCCGGUACCCGCCGGCCGCGAUCCUGCCCGCCGGCGCCGACCCCGAGACGCACAAGACGCCCUACCAGGAGGAGAGCCCGAACCCGUUCAUGCCCACCAAGCACCCAAUCACCGGAAAGUGGCACAACCCCAAGUACUCGCUCAGGCGACAGGCCGAGCUCGUCAAGCUGGCCCAGGAACACGGCGUCGAGGAGCUGCUGCCCUUCACCCGCAAGCUCAACGAGGAGAAGCUACGGAAGAGAGUCGAGCUCGGUCUCCGUGUCAAGGGUACCGGUGUUGGAGAGAAGGUCAAGGGUCACAAACACGAAAGGACACUGGUUGCCAAGAUGGAGAAGAGGAGAGAGGCCAUGCUGGCUAUGCCCGACCUUAUCCGGGAAUGGAAAAAGGUCGGCAAGAGGAACUGGACCAAGUUCCCCAAAUAAGCGAUCGGUCGUUGUCGCUUGUCGGGAAGAUUACAACGAGAGUCACUGCCAUGUCCAUAGACUGUAUCAUCACCAACAAUGUACAACAAAUUUCAAGCC